AUGUCUGAACGCAUGAACUGGGACCACCACGCCGACCAUGACCUUCUCACGGCCAUGAUGCAGGAACUCCAGCCCUCGCAGGAGCAGCUGCGCGGUGUCAUGACCCGCAUGCACGGCUUUGGCUACACCUGCACCGUCAAAGCCAUCACCCAGCACCUCCAAAAACUCCGCCGCAAGGAAGACAAGGCCGGCGCCGGCGCCGGCAACAGCAACGGCGAGGGCCCGGCCACGCCCAAGACCCCCGGCGGCCGCAAGAAGAACGCGGGCGGCAGCGUCAAGAAGGAGCCCGGCUCCGGCACCAAGCGCAAGCCGGUCGCGCUGCUCAGCGACGACGAGGAUGUCAAGCCCGCUGUGAAGGUCAAGAAGAUGAAGGAGGAGGAGGGCGUUAAGGAGGAGUCGGAUGGGUGA